GCGAUCACCGUAAACUGUGUAAAGAAAGAGACUUUUCAAUGAAAUCACUGCUGCUUGGUGGAUCUGGGUGUUGCGGAUUUGAGGAGUGAAUUUGAUUGGACCUUAAAAAUGUUUAAUGCUUGUCUUUACGAUGCGAAUAUUUCCUAACACACGAUGUCGCCUUAAUUCUGGCGAAUUUUAAGGCGAGUUUGGAUCCUGUACUUCGGCAAACGGUACAUUUUGGGUUACAGCUGCUACGCUAACGCUCCCGGUAAAUUACGUGAAAUAUAAUUAACAAACACGCGUUUUUUGUAGAUGUUCAGGUUAAAACAUAGAGAGGGAACAUGACUAGUGCUGGACGCCUCGUUUUUACAUUUUAAUUUCUUUACCAUUAGCCGUAAUGUGUAGCUCCUAGCUAACUUAAUAAAAUUGAAACAAGGAUCAUCUUAGGGUUUAAAGUUCCCAAACACAGUUAAAAGCAUAUAAAUACUACACGGUGUCACGGGGAAACGUUCGUUUGCGCCGUUGAACGGACACAAACCGGUAGAUGAGGGCAAGGCUAACCCGGCUAACUCCUGCUAGCUGAAGGGUCUCAGGCCCGGUGGAAAGCCCCGCCGUUUCCCAUUACUUCCCCCCGGAGAGGUGGGCUGCACGUCACGGUGGGCGCUGACUGCAGGUCGGAGGAAGAGAGAGACGGUGCUGAAGGAGGGUAAUCUGAUGAAACAGACCAACUCGUUCCAGCGCUGGAAGAGACGAUACUUCAAACUGAGAGGACGGACUCUUUACUACGCUCAGACCGCUAAGUCCAUCAUCUUUGAUGAGGUCGACCUGACCGACGCCAGCGUGGCCGAGUCCAGCACCAAGAACGUCAACAACAGCUUCACCGUCAUCACCCCCUGCAGACGUCUGAUCCUUUGUGCAGACAACAGGAAGGAGAUGGAGGAGUGGAUGGCAGCUCUGCGCAACAUCCAGAACAGACAGAACUAUGAGUCCACCCAGUACAGCAUGGACCACUUUAGUGGAAUGCACAACUGGUACGCCUGCUCUCACGCCAGACCGACGUACUGUAACGUCUGCAGAGAGGCGCUGUCAGGAGUGACGUCACACGGCCUGUCCUGUGAAGUGUGUAAAUUUAAGGCUCAUAAACGCUGUGCAGUCAGAGCCACCAACAACUGUAAAUGGACGACACUGGCUUCUAUCGGGAAGGACAUCAUCGAGGACGAGGAUGGGGUGUCGAUGCCUCACCAGUGGUUGGAGGGGAACCUGCCGGUUUCGGCUAAAUGUAACAUCUGCGAUAAGACUUGUGGUAGUGUCCUCCGUCUGCAGGACUGGAGGUGUCUCUGGUGCAAAGCCAUGGUGCACUCGGGCUGUAAGGAGCAGCUGUCCUCUAAGUGUCCUCUGGGUCAGUGUAAAGUGUCCGUCAUCCCUCCGACAGCACUGAACAGCAUCGACUCUGACGGUUUCUGGAAGGCGUCGUGUCCUCCGUCCUGCACCAGUCCUCUGCUGGUGUUUGUCAACUCUAAGAGCGGAGACAAUCAGGGCGUCAAGUUCUUGCGGCGCUUCAAGCAGCUGCUGAACCCGGCACAGGUGUUCGACCUGAUGAACGGAGGACCACACCUGGGUCUGCGUUUGUUCCAGAAGUUUGACACGUUCAGGAUCCUGGUGUGUGGAGGAGACGGCAGCGUCGGCUGGGUUCUGUCUGAGAUCGAUGCUCUCACGCUGCACAAACAGUGUCAGCUGGGAGUUCUUCCUCUGGGGACCGGGAAUGACCUGGCUCGGGUUCUGGGUUGGGGUUCUGCAUGCGAUGAUGACGCUCAGCUGCCUCAGAUACUGGAGAAACUGGAGAGAGCCAGCACCAAAAUGCUAGACAGGUGGAGCAUCAUGGUCUAUGAGACCAAGUUUCCACGACAACACUCUGCAUCCACCGUCACAGAGGACUGCAGCGACGACUCUGAGGUUCAGCAGAUUCUGACCUACGAGGACUCAGUGGCUGCUCACCUUUCCAAGAUCCUGACCUCAGACCAGCACUCUGUCGUCAUCUCCUCCGCCAAGGUUCUGUGUGAGACGGUGAAGGACUUUGUGGCUCGUGUCGGCAGAGCGUACGAGAAGAACACAGAGAGCUCGGAGGAGUCCGAGGCCAUGGCCAAGAAGUGUGGAGUGUUGAAGGAGAAACUGGACUCUCUGCUGAAGACUCUGAACGAGGAGUCUCAGGCCUCCACCAUCCUGCCCCCCGCUCCUCCCCCCACCAUCGCUGAGGAGCAGGAGGAAGUAGAGGGAGUCAUACUGCCUCCUCCUAUUCAUCAUCCUCCUCCUCCUCACGCCCCCUGCUCCCCACGGACCAAUACCUCCUCCUCCUCCACAGCAGCCGCCAUCUUUAAACCUCGAGAACAGCUGAUGCUGAGAGCCAACAGUCUGAAGAAAGCCAUCAGACAGAUCAUCGAGCACACUGAGAAAGCUGUGGAUGAACAGAACGCUCAGACUCAGCAGCAGCUCUUCUCUCUUAGUCGAGCUGAGGAAGAGGAGGGUCUGGUUGAGGAGGAAGAGGAGGAGGAGGUGGAAGAAGAUAAGAUGUCCCUGCAGUCGUCGUACAGCGUCAAACACCGCAACACUCGCAGAGUCAGUAAGACACCCUGUGAGAAACUGAUCAGUAAAGGCAGCCUGUCACUGGGCAGCUCUGCAUCACUUCCUGUCCAGACAGGAAGUAGGGAGAACAUGCCCAUGCUCAACACAAAGAUCCUCUAUCCUGGUCUCAGAGGUAUAUCAGGUUCUCUCUCCAGCAGUUCUGUAAUCAGUCGACUGUUGGUUAACGCAGACCCAUUCAGCUGUGACCCUGACAACAUGGACUGCUACACUGAGAAAUGUGUCAUGAACAACUACUUUGGAAUCGGGCUGGACGCUAAAAUCUCUCUGGACUUCAACAACAAGAGAGAUGAACAUCCAGAGAAGUGCAGGAGUCGCACAAAGAACAUGAUGUGGUACGGUGUUCUGGGAACCAAAGAGCUGCUGCACAGAACCUACAAGAACCUAGAGCAGAGGGUUCUACUGGAGUGUGACGGGCGCCCCAUCCCUCUGCCCAGUCUGCAAGGCAUCGCCGUGUUGAACAUCCCGAGUUAUGCAGGAGGAACCAACUUCUGGGGAGGAACCAAAGAGGACGACACGUUCACAGCUCCGUCCUUUGAUGAUAAGAUCCUGGAGGUGGUGGCGGUGUUUGGUAGCAUGCAGAUGGCCGUGUCCCGAGUCAUCAACCUGCAACACCACCGCAUUGCACAGUGUCGGACAGUGAAGAUCACCAUCCUGGGUGAUGAAGGUGUCCCGGUGCAGGUGGACGGGGAGGCGUGGGUCCAGCCUCCAGGUUACAUCAAGAUCAUUCACAAGAACCGAACCCAGACUCUCACGAGGGACAGAGCAUUUGAGAGCACCCUAAAGUCGUGGGAAGACAAACAGAAAUGUGAGUUUCCCCGGACGCCCCCACCUCAGCCCCCUCAGCCCCCCCUGUCCUCCCAGCCAGAGAUCAUCUCUGAGGAAGAGGCGUCACUUAUCAGCGAGUUCGGUCAGGCAGCGGGAGCUCUCAUACACAGUAUCCGUGAAGUCGCUCAGUCUCACCACAGUCUGGAACAGGAACUGGCUCACGCUGUCAACGCCAGCUCAAAGGCCAUGGACGUGGUCUACGCCAACUCCAAGAGCUCCGGGGCUCUGAGCUGCAGUGUUGUCUCUCAGAUGGUCAUUAACGUCAAAGCUUUACUCAGUGAAACUGAGCUGCUGCUGGCUGGAAAGAUGUCCAUGCAGCUGGACCCUCCUCAGCAGGACCAGCUGAAUGCAGCUCUGACUUCUGUGGCUCAGCAGCUUCGUCGGCUGGUGGAUGUUUCCUGGUUGUGUCCGGUGAUCGACCCCUCAGACCACGAGGGUCCUCUGACAGAUUUCUCAAAGCGAAGUCGGAGCGCAAAGUUCCGUCUCGUUCCAAAGUUCAAGAAGGACAAAAACAACAAGAACAAAGAGACGUGUGCUACCCUCUCUCUGCCAGUUCACCAGUGGGGAACAGAGGAGGUGGGGGCGUGGCUGGACUUUCUCUGUCUCACUGAAUAUAAGGACAUCUUUAUUGGACACGACGUCCGUGGAGCCGAGCUCAUCCACCUGGAGAGGAGGGACCUGAAGGACCUGGGCGUGACGAAGGUGGGUCACAUGAAGAGGAUCCUUCAGGGCAUCAGAGAGCUGAACAGGAGCAGCAGUGCCAGCGAGGCCUGACUGCAGCCAGCUGUUUGUUGUCCUUCUACCUCUGCCGCCAUCCACCACCUCAACCCCCUGACCUGACCUCUGACCCCUGACCCUGAACCAGCACACCUGAACACAGCUACAUCUAAAGCUCACUGUGACUGGACCAGGACCAGGACCAGGACUCACUCUGUCUCUGCUCAGCUUGACCUCCUCUUGGUGACACACAGACCACCUGGAGAAAGAUUCAAUCAGAUGAUCCAUUAGUGCCUUGUCAUCACACCCACUGGCCAAUCAGACGAUCUGCCGACAGCAGACUGUAAACACCCUGAGCUGAGACGACGGAGAGCGGUGGCUGACUUGGAGCAGGACUGUGGACUCUGGUGACCAUUCCAGCAGGUCCUACUUCAUCAUCAGCGUGGCCUGUUUGUAAAUGAUGAACAGUAAAGGUUUUGGGAGUCAGUUUUUGCAGCACUGGUCCUGAAAACCACAGAGGCUCCACACCAGUUAGAAACCUGACCCGGGAUCCAGCAGAGUCUUGGCUGCAUUCUGGACCAAAUAUGAGCCGGAUCUGGCCUGUAGAUAGCUCAGAGAUUUGGUUCAGUUUUUGUUGGAUUUGGGGAGAGAACCAGCUCCAGCUCACAGGACUCUGGACUCUGGCCAAGUCCAGCAUUUCUCCAGAGACCAUGUGUGCCAGAUGAAAGACCACCAUUGGCUCACUGUGAUGUACCUGCCAUCUAACUCUCCAGCCCCGUCUCAGCCGAUCAGCCGACAAAUCAGAAUCUCCUCUGGUGUCUGACCUGUUGGACCAGGAUGCAGCAGAACCCUUUAAACCUUCAGACGAGUAUCGUUUCAGCAGCUCAGAGACUUGUAGAACCGUCUCACGUCCCCAGUCUGCCAAACAGGAACUCUGUGACUUAUGAAACACAGUGGGGAACCCCUGAGGGGACGGACACUUGGCGUUCCCUCCUUCCUGCUGAUCACAGAGAUCAGACCGGCUUGUGCUAAAUUACGUUGUUGUUUUUUUCUUCUAUGAACUGUAGAGUUCAGCUGACAUCACUUCCUGUUUUUACUUUGAAAACAGGAAGUGCAGCCAGCUGAUGAGGAGACGCUCCUGAACAGAUCAGGUGGUCUGACCCUGCAGUGACAGGUGGACCAGCUGAUGAAGACCAGCCUUGUGUCCUCUCUGUGUGUCUCUGUCUCUCUGACGGUCUUUCUGUGUGUCUGUCUGUCUUUCUCUCUCUCUGACUGUCUGUCUCGCUGACUGGCUGUCUCUCUCUC